UAUAAAAACGCCGCAUUGUUAAAGUCAAUCUACCUACAUUGUUUUCUUCUGGUCAUGCGAUCCAACUCAUUGUAAUUUUUAAUUAUUGUUUUACCUGCUAUAUAAAAAUAUCGUUAAUUGGACAAUAAUCAUUCGUACAUUAAUUCCUAGUAACAUAAACGUGGGUUAUAUUUAAUAAUGGAACCGACGGCCAUAACUACUGGAAAACAACCGAGGACUAGAUUCGUCAAAAAGCCGACCUCCUAUACAUAUGAUAGUAAAAAUGAGGGUCUUCCAGUCUAUGGAGUAAUUGUUCAAUGGGAUUCAAAUGAAAAGUACUCGAACAAGGCGUUGAUAACCAAGUUUGAAGCGAAAUUAACUACGUACAGGUCUGCCGUGGAAAGAGAUGUGCUUCAGAAAAAAUCUAUUCGCAAAAAUCUGCCAUAUUUUCGGCGUGUUGGACCCAACAAGGGUAUUGUCUCAUUCAAAACAAUGGCUGAAGCAAACGCUUUUUCUAAAACAGAGGACUCGGAAUUCUACGCUUUUAUUCCAUUGAGCUUCAUUGUCGUCGUUGGGGUUGCAGAAGUGUCCGCUUCUAAUUUUAAUUUCAAGGAUUUUAGACCAGUAUGCCCAAAGCACGAAGUGAUGCAAUGGCGUAAGAAAAAGCUACCAAGUACCAAAAAGAUACAGAUAACAGUUGCAAUUCGUGGCACCCAAUUGCCAUCAAUGUUUUAUUUUAAGAAAAAUGAAGUACCACUCAAUCCGCUCGAGCGAAAGCCUGUUUACUGUUGCCGCUGUUUACGAUAUGGUCAUCGUGUGGGCAAUUGUAUGCGUAAACCACGCUGUGGUGUAUGCAUUCGGACGAAACCAGCACUGAAGCAUCGUGAGCAACACUGUUAUACUAUUAAACGAGGCAAUAUUGAACGGUGCCUUUACUGCCAGCAAAACCACAUCAUUGGAACGGCAGAUUGCGUUGAGCAUGUGCAGCAAUGUACGUUCAAAGCACAAUUGGUUAAACGCAGCAUGGAUUAUGUGUCCGUAUUGGCGUCGGACAUUAUUCCAGCUAUACGUACAACAUCCGUUAACUCGACCCGAUCGUGGUUAGAAGCUUUCUGAAUACUAAAUGCAAUCAUACAAUUUCAUAUACUGUAUUUUUUAAAGCGCUGUGAAUUCUUGGAACAAAUAUUGAUUUUGCUUUUGAAUAUAAAUAGAAAUCUCUUGUCGGCUGA